ACGGACUGUAACUCCACACCGCAUCAAAAACCAGCAAAGCUCCCCCAAAAGGAGAGCAUUUAACUCAGAAUGAAUCCUGCUUGUGGAUUGUUCCUAUUUCCUUGCGGUUCUUGUUCUUGUUUUGGCAGCAACGAGAUUACGGAAGUUGGUGGUGCAUACAUCGGCCGGAUGCUGUCAGAGAACUUCAGCAUCACAUCACUCAAUUUAUCUUGCAAUCGUCUCGCAGAUCGUGGCGUGCAAGGCUUAACAAGGGCACUCACUACGAAUAAAUCGCUCAAGAGGCUUGACUUGAGUUACAACUACAUUGGAGAUGAUGGAUUGUUAUCUCUAGCUGAUGCUCUCUCACAAAACAGAAAGAUCACAGAAUUGAGGAUUUGGGGUAAUUAUCCUGGACAGAUUUCCUCAAAAGCGCUUGUUGAUUUGCUCAAGGAGCGAAGGAUCGCGCAUCUGGAGACAGAUUUCAAGCCAUACAUCAUUGACGGCAUCAUUUAUAUGGCGAAGCUCUAUUAUGACCCAUGAUUAUCUUUUUUCUUUUUUUUACUAGCCUGCUCCCCAUAUU